AUGGUCUUGGGAGCCGGUGGCCUCUGCAAAUGUUUGUUGCCCAAUGCUGAGGUCUAUUGGGCGGCGGAAAGGUAUGAAACCUACAAGACUGGAGUCCGGACUCUUGUGCACAUGCAAAUGAGCAUGCAGCAGACAUACUCUUGGCUUUCUUCACCACAGUUGUUUUCCACACCAACAUGGCACGAGUUCCCAUUUUUUAGGCGAUUCCAUGGCGAUGUCUCGCAAGUCCAUGAGGUGCACUCACUUGGUGGCAUACACACAUCGGCGCAAGGAUCCCACGGAGCAAGCAUCCGGACCUUCAUUGGCUUCAGAGGGAGAUCGAAAUCAUGA